AUGUUUUUCAUAACUGUCGUAGGAUUUGAUCAUGUGAUUUGUUACCUGGAAGUCGAAGAUUUUGAUUUAUUUCUUUGGAUAACUUUCAAUUAUCCCCGAAUGGUAACGUUAAAUUUCAUGAUGAUUUACGUUUAUUCUCUAAAAAUUAUCAGACGACAAUUUUACUUCAUAAAUAAAAGCAUUAGUUGUCUACCUGAAGUUUAUGUUGAUAAGAAUAAUAUUUCAGUGGAAAUAAAUAAUAUAAUAUUAAACCCUCGUGAAAUAGAUCAACGGUUGAAAGAUUUAAAUCAACUUGAUCUCGAUUUAAGGGAUUCUAUAAAAAUGAUAAAUAAAUUAUUAUCAUUGCCACUUACUCUCGCAUUUUUAAUGCAAAUUUUACAAUUGAUCGUUAACAUAUAUUUAGUGUUGGUUUUUUUCAGUAAAAAAAAUUACAGCAAUUGGAGAGAAACAUCGUCUACGUUGACAAACACUGGCUGGCUAUUGAUGAGAUUAUUUCAAUUACUUUGUACUGUAGAUAUUUGUGAUUCUAUAUGUCACGAGGGUAAUAGUAAGGUGAAAAUUAUGCACGAGCUUUGGGCUUCUAAACGACCGGAUGGUUCCAAAGAAAUGUUAAAAAGUAUUUCGCUGCAUCAACUACGCGAGCCAAUUGAAAUAAAAUUAUACGACUCAUUGAAUAUGAAUCACGAAUUAUUGUACAAGCUGAGUGGAGUAGUAACAACUUAUUUAAUAAUAAUGAUUCAACUUGAUGAACAAUCUAAAAGUAUAAAGCAUCAUCAUAGCAAUGUAUGA